UGUUACCACAGCUGAUACCUUAGACCCGCCUGCAUCUUUGGCACAUGACCGUGACAUCAGCGGAGGGAGUGCCAGGUACCACACAGGUAAAGUCGGCAGUUUCUGGGUGCAGUGAGGCCUCCACACCCGGCGGACCUUGUUUUUAGAGUCUUUAGUCGGCAGAGGUAGACGAGCUGAGGAGUGAAAUACAAUGUUGGGCUCCGGGUUUAAGGCUGAGCGGCUUCGAGUGAAUUUGAGGCUUGUCAUAAACAGACUGAAACUCCUGGAGAAGAAAAAAACUGAGUUAGCACAAAAGGCCAGGAAGGAGAUUGCAGACUAUCUAUCGACUGGGAAGGAUGAGAGAGCGAGGAUUCGGGUGGAGCAUAUUAUCCGAGAGGAUUACCUGGUGGAAGCUAUGGAAAUCUUAGAAUUGUACUGUGAUCUGCUUUUGGCCAGAUUUGGAUUAAUUCAGUCCAUGAAGGAGCUUGAUCCGGGUCUGGCAGAAGCAGUCUCAACACUAAUUUGGGCAGCUCCACGUCUACAGACAGAAGUAUCUGAACUAAAAAUAGUAGCUGAUCAACUGUGUGCCAAGUAUAGUAAAGAGUAUGGCAAGCUGUGCAGAACAAACCAGAUCGGAACAGUCAAUGACCGACUAAUGCACAAAUUAAGUGUAGAGGCUCCUCCAAAAAUUCUUGUCGAGAGGUACCUCAUUGAGAUUGCUAAGAACUACAAUGUGCCCUAUGAACCUGAUUCUGUGGUUAUGGCUGAGGUUCCCACAGGUGUUGAGGCAGAUCUUAUAGAUGUUGGAUUUUCUGAUGACAUUAAGAAAGGAGGAAGUGGAGGAGGUGGAGGAUUUGGAGUACCGAUGCCAACCAUGCCAGCUAUGCACAUGCCUACCCCUUCAAUUCCAUUUAAUUACCCUGUGGCUGGUGGACCGGAUACAUUUAAUGGACCAUCUGUGGGAAUCUAUCAACCUUUUGCUAACCAAAAUCCUCCAGCCAUGGGCAUGGGGCUACCACCAAUCCCAUCUAUGCCUCCCACAUAUGAGUCUAUUGGGGAUAGCGGGCCUCAGGCAAAUGCUCCUCCUCUGGAUGGUAACCCACAACCUGUUGCCAAACCACGUACAAAAAUACCGGAUAAUUUUGUACUUCCAGAAUUGCCCUCUGUCCCAGACACACUUCCCAAUGCUUCUGCUGGAACUGGAGCUUCAAAUUCAGAAGAUAUUGAUUUUGAUGACCUGUCACGCAGAUUUGAGGAGCUGAAGAAGAAAACUUAAGUUUGCAAGAUUAUAUAUCCCCUUAACAUCUUGGCCUCUGCCCAGGAGAUAAAUUGAAAUAUCCUUUGUGCAUAUAAGCAGAGCGUCUGCUCAUAGGUACUGAGGAUGACAGCGGUUCCCCCUAAUUCAGGUUUUAUGUGUAGAUUAAACUAAAUAUUCAGUGGCUGUGGCUUUGCCUGAAGGACCGUUCUGAUUUCAGUCAGGAACAACUGACAACUGAUAAAUUCUUUUUAAAGCCGCCAUAUUUUCUGUUUUAUGCAGGAAUGUCCUAAAGCAAGACCCAAAAGACUUUAUAUCUGCUAAUAAGUUGAUGCGAUGCUUCCCUACCUGAUUUUCUAACCUUUGUACAUUACAUUUACAGACUUGUGUUAAGCUUAUAUGAGCGUGCACUUCUUAAAAAAAAUAAUUAAAAUAAAAGCUGUGGCCUUCUA